AUGAACGGCGCGUUUGGGUGUCUAGCGCUGGUCAACUUUGCGGUAGUGCCCGCGACGUACUGGGGCGUCCACGACACCAAGCGUGAGCCGCAGCCGUUGCGGCCGUACUUGCUGCAAUUCUGGAAACUUGUGCAGAAACGAGCGGUGUGGCAGGUGAUGCUGUACAGCUUCUUGUCGUCGUUGCUCGGGUCCAACCUCACCACAACCGCGGCGCCGUACGUUAAGUACCACUGGGCCAAGGUCGAAUCAAUCAACAACGCCGUGAUCGGGGUACUCGGGCACUUGAUUCUCGCAGUGGUGCUGGCUGCCACUGGUCGCUACGGUACGCAGUGGAACUGGCGGGUUGUGAUUGUGGUCACGACGCUGCUUGGCACGGCCAUCGAUGCCGUCGUGCAGUUUCUCACCAUCUAUGGCGUCGUGCGCAACCAGUGGUUCUACCUGGGCGUGCCCCUCACGGAGCAACUCCCCGCGGGUAUCAACUGGGCUGUGAAUGUGUUUGUGAUCGUCGAGUUAGCCGAAGACGGGCACGAAGGCAUCGUGUACGGCCUACUCACGACUGUGGGCAACCUCCCUGGCAUCUUUGGAUCGGUAUUGACCAACAUUUACUGCGCACAAUUCGACGUGUCGUCGUCCGACAUUCAGCAAGAUUCGAUGCACGUCCGCCACCAAGUCGCGUACACGUACCUUGUCACAUAUGGCACGACCGUCCUCAGCUGCUUGUGCGUUGUGAUGUUUCCGUCGCAAAAGGCGGCGGUCGCGACGCUCAAAGCGACGGGGGGCAGCUACCCCCUCGUGGGAGGCGCCGUCCUCGUCGUGUCGUUUUCAGUGCUCGUGCUCUCGAUCGUUGCGAGCUUGCUGUCCAUGUUUGAAUCCACGGCGUGUCUCCGCGUGGCUGGCGGGGCCGGCUGUUCGACGUGAUAACGACGUUUGAUAGUGUUGUGGUGUUGGUAUGAUAUAUUUGGAAUCCAAGUUGAC